CACACUCAACAGCAGCAGCGGCCAGUCGAGCUGUUGCACCGGUGGUCGCGUCUCGGUUCGUCUGAGUUUCACUUCUUCUGUUUCAUAUCCACUGAAAGGAUUUCUUUUCUUCUUUUUUUUCAAAUCAUAGACGAGGACCACAGCUCGCUACAAAGGGAACAUUUUAUCAGAGCCUGUCGGUCAACUUGUCAUUGUGCUACAAACAUGACGGAGGUGGCGCAGGUUGUGGCGGCGGUCGCCCACGACAUGGAUGAUGUCACGAAUGAAAAUGAACACGGCAUGAGCGACGCCGAAAACAAGGAAGAAGAUGUGACGCACGAGGAAGAGGAGGAGGAGGAGGAGGAGGAGGAUGUGGCAGUUGAUGAAGGCGACGACACUGAGAAGAAAAGCGAGGAGAGGUCACACGAGGAAGACAAAAAAGCCUGCCACACAAAUGAUGAAGACAGUACUGAGACUGACAAGCCACAUGUGAACGGUGUGGAGCACAAAGAAAAAGACACAGAUGAUAAGACAAAUGGUGACGCAACGGAUGACGAGGAGAAAGAGGAUGCACAUUCUGAUACAAAUGAAGACCGGAAUAUGUCUGAACUGGCACUUAAAAAAGAGAAACUUCUGCGAUCUAGAAAGCCGGUGGCCAGGACCUACAUGCCCAAGCUGAGCAAAGAGAAAGGGGACGUGACGAGCAAGUACGAGGCCAUGCAGAAGGCCCGGGAGGACCGCAGCAGGCUGAGGAGCAGGGAUGAGCAGCAGAAGAGAAAAGAGCAAUUCGUCAAGGAGAGGGAGUGGAGCCGCAGGAAGCAGCAGAUAAAAGAACUACUCGCAUCCAGCGAUGAGGAGGAAGAGGUGAAGCCAGCAAAGGUGGAAAAAUCAUACGUCCCCAAAAUCACAGGCAGUGUGAAGGGGAAAUUUGCUGUGAUGGAGAAACAAAGACAAGAGGAGGAAAGGAAGAGGGCAGAAGGAGAGAGGAAGAAAAGGGAGACCCAGGACAACAUGGAAAAAGCCAAAAUCAAGAGGGAUUUGGCUAAGAAAGCAGCUGAGGAGGGAGAUGACACAAUCCUGGUGCGGGUGGUCCCAGCGAAGUCUUCACGACAUCCGGGCAGGAUCAAGGUGAACUUUGAGGACAUGGAGAAGGGCAGAGAGGAGGACCUGAAGAAGAAGGCAGAGGAGGAGAAAAAGAGACGCUACGACGAAAACAGACACUCCUUCAGGGAAGCCAAGCGGCGCUCUGUUGUUGAACAGGAUGAAGAGGAGAAGCCCUCUGAGAAGCUGCAGGUGACUCCUGGGAAGCUGAAGAUGGGAUUUGAGGAGCUGGAGAAGGAGAGACAGGACCAUAGGAGAAAGCAGGCAGAGGAGGAGGCCAAACGCCGCCUGGUAGACGAGAAGAAGGCGUUUGAGGAGGCCAGACUUGGAAUGGGAGAGGGUGAGGGCGAUGAUCAGCCCUCUCAGGAAGACAAGGAGGAGGUCCGACCUGGAAGACUGAGGCUGAGCUUCGAGGAGCUGGAGAGGCAAAGAGUCGAAGAAGUGCGCAAGAAAGCAGAGGAGGAGGCCAAGAGACGAAUGGAGGAGGAGAGGAGAGCCUUUGCUGAAGCCAGAAAGAGCAUGCUGGUAGAUGAAGACGAUGAUGGGCUGAUGGCCUUGUUGAACUUGGAGGGCAGUGAACCUGGGAAGAUAUGCGCCAGUUUCGAGGAUCUGGAGCGACAGAGAAGAGAAGAGGAGCAGAAGAAAGCAGAGGAGGAGGCCAAGAGGAGGCUGGAGGAGGAGAAGAAGCUCUUUGCUGAGGCCCGCAAGAGUAUGGUGCUAGAUGAGGAAGAAGGGAUAGUGAAGAGCGAUUCUCAGGAGGCGCUGUACCCCAGAAAACUGGAGAUGAACUUUGAGGAGCUGCUCAAAGAAAAGGAGGAAGCAGAGAGAAGAUCUAAGGCGGAGGAGCGCAAGAGGAAGAUGGAGCAGGAGAAGCAGGAGUUCGAGCAGCUCCGACAAGAGAUGGGCGAGGACGUAGUAAAUGAAAGCUCAAACGUUGUGAGCCAAGAGUAUGAAGAGCUCACGAAGCUCAAGAGGACAGGCUCCAUCCAGGCCAAAGACCUCAAGUCCAAGUUUGAGAAGAUCAAGCAGCUGAGUGAAGAGGACAUUCAGAGGAAGAUCGACAUGGAGAGAGCUCGGAGGAAGGCGGUCGAUGAUGAAAUUAAAGAGAGAGAAACCGGGAGGUUCCAAGACGAGGAUGAGGGAGGAGAGACGACUCCAGCGAGGGCCGACGAGUCACCAUUCAAACAGAAGGUGGACAUGCGAGCCCGAUUUGAGCAAAUGGCCAAAGCCAGAGAGGACGAGGAGAAGAAGAGGAUAGAGGAGCAGAAGCUGCAGAGGAUGCAGUUUGAGCAGCAGGAGAUCGACGCUGCACUCCAGAAAAAAAAGGAGGAUGAUGGGGAGGAUGAGAGCAGCAUCAUCAACGGCUCUGCAGCCUAUGAAGACGAGGAGGAUCACGCCAGGUCUGGGGCGCCGUGGUUCAAAAAGCCCCUCAAGAAUCAAUCGGUGGUGGACUCGGAGCCGGUGCGGUUCACUGUCAAGAUCACUGGGGAGCCAAAGCCUGAGGUCACCUGGUGGUUCGAGGGAGAGACGCUCCAGGACUGUGAGGACUAUCAGUAUAUAGAGCGAGGAGAGACGUACUGCCUCUACCUGCCCGAGACCUACCCGGAGGACGAGGGCGAGUACAUGUGCAAGGCGGUGAACAGCAGAGGCACGGCAGCGAGCACCUGCAUCCUCACAAUAGAAACGUACGACUACUGACGCCCCUCCAGGUUCUGGACUCUUUUCCUGUUGUCCCUCGCUCCCUUGUAAAACUUUGCCCCCGCGUGGUACGGUAUGGUCAAACAGCAGAGGGGAGAAAAUAGCAGUACGCUUGGCAUUCCUUAGGGAGGGACACACACACACACACAUACACAAAAGCAAGAUGUUGUUUACAUAUUGCUCAAUGUUAAAGCUGCACUCCCUGCUAGAGUAGGAUGAUACAUGUGCCAAAAAACCGACAGGAUUCUUUGCUCCCAUUGCAAGGGGUCGCACAAAGAUCUCAAACCACCUUCACUCAGAGGCCGUAGUGAUAUUUGGGAUACCAGCAAUUUUUCAGUAUCAUAGUACUGUAAUGUAAAUAUCAGACUUCCCAUACCUGGCAAAAUGUUACGUUGAGGCAUAGAAAUGUCAAAUGUACAACGUCCUUGUCUGCUGAUUUUAAAAAACAAUAUACGGGAAAACACCUUACAAGUUUAUAUUCUACUAAUGCUCACCAAUAUCAUCAGUAUCAUCGUAUGUAGUUUAAUGCACCCCUCCUCUUAUUAGUAAAUGGUAUUGUGAUACUUGGCUGGUAUUAUAUCAAAGGCUAACAUGUUAUUCAUCUCGGUGGGGUUGUAUUUGGAUGAUGGGACAUUGUAAUUACAGCCACGUAUUGGAGGAUCAAAGCAAUUUGAGCUUGUGUACAUCCUGAUUUUCACUGAAACUCUUGAAGUCCAGAUAAAGUGUUUUUUAAUCGCAGCAUAUAAACAAUUUGAAUAUGUUGAUUUUUAAUGCACCAAUCCCCCUUUUUUCUUUUGAAUGUCAUACUCUUGAUGAAGUUGUCAUAAUUCAGUCGUGCUGGACAGUAGGUCACCGUCGUAUGGUUUGAUAAGUAAAAGAAAACUUAGGCUAGCGUGAAUAUUUGUCAUAUGAAAAUGUUUUAAUAAAAUGAAUAAAGAAUUAAA